GCUUCCAGAGACCCCGGGUUUGGAGUGGGAAGUGAGGUGUGGGAAGUCCGUCGCUUUCUGAUGAAUUCAUUGGUUGUGGAGUUGAGACCUGUCUGGAGUCUGGUCCCGGAGGCUGGUACUUGCAUCCUGAACCACCUCCUCAGGCGGACUGGCGGUUCGACAGAUUUGUCUGCCACGCGUGCACGUUCUGAGAACAGGUGAGAACAGGAAAUUGAAUUAGUUCUCAAUAAUGGGAAGAACCUACAUUGUUGAAGAGACUGUUGGCCAGUAUCUUUCAAACAUCGAUCUCCAAGGGAAGUCUUUUGUCUCUGGCCUUUUAAUAGGACAGUGUUCUUCACAAAAGGAUUAUGUGAUUCUCGCCACUAGAACACCACCCAAAGAGGAACAAAGUGAGAGCCCCAAACAUUCCAAAGCAAAGUUGGAUAACUUGGAUGAAGAAUGGGCCACAGAACAUGCCAACCAGGUAUCCAGAAUGCUACCAGGGGGACUUUUAGUUCUUGGAGUAUUUAUUAUUACAACUUUGGAAAUGGGAAAUGAAUUUCAAAGUACCCUCCGUAGAUUAGUAUUUGCUGUGGAAAAAUCCAUGAAUAAAAAGAGACUGUGGAAUUUCACAGAGGAGGAGGUCUCAGAACGAGUGACACUUCACGUUUGCUCUUCUACAAAGAAAAUAUUUUGUCGAACUUAUGAUGUCCUUGAUCCAAAGAGUUCUGCAAAACCAGCAGACUGGAAGUAUCAAAAUGGACUGUCAGCUUCUUGGCUUUCUUUAGAGUGUACAGUUUAUAUUAAUAUUCACAUCCCACUCUCUACUACCUCAGUCACCUAUACUCUGGAGAAAAAUACAAAGAAUGGACUUGCACGCUGGGCCAAGCAAAUAGAAAAUGGUGUUUAUUUGAUUAAUGGACAAGUUAAAGAUGAAGAUGGUGAACUAUUAGAAGGACAGAAAAAAUCUUCUAGAGGAAAUGCUCAAGCAACUAAUCAUUCUUUGAAUGUCAGAGUGCUAACACAGUUGCUUCUGAGUUCAGACCAUAGAUCCACAGCCACAGUCCAGGUCUGCAGUGGCUCCGUAAACCUUAAGGGUGCUGUGAAAUGCAGAGCUUAUAUUCAUAGCAAUAAACCCAAGGUUAAAGAUGCUGUGCAGGCAAUUAAAAGAGAUAUAUUGAAUACAGUUGCCGAUCGUUGUGAAAUAUUAUUUGAGGAUCUACUUUUGAAUGAAAUUCCAGAAAAAAAAGAUUCUGAAAAAGAGUUCCACAUCCUCCCUCACCGAGUUUUUGUCCCCAUUCCGGGAUCUACUGUAAUGUUAUGUGAUUAUAAAUUUGGCGAUGAGUCAGCUGAAGAAAUAAGAGACCAUUUUAUAGAGAUGUUAGAUCAUAUGAUUCAAAUAGAAGAUUUGGAAAUUGCAGAGGAAAUAAACACAGCUUAUAUGAGUUCCUCUAUGAAUACUGAAGUUUCAUCGGACAGCACAGAUGAUGAACAACCAAAGCAGCCAAUUAAAACUACAAUAGCGUUGAAAAUUCAGCAAAACAUAGGUGUGAUUGCAGCGUUUGCAGUUGCAGCCCUUGCUGCGGGUAUCUCCUUUCAUUACUUCAGUGAUUAGGGUGAGACACAAAGAGCUUCAUGAUCAUCCAGAGAACACUGACCAACAAUUAUGAAUAAUAAAGAUGCAAAUAAUCCAUCUGCAUUUGAGACAAUAGCAGCCAGAUCUGCUGCCGUGAUGCCUAUUAGGUGUGUUUCUAACUAAAAUGAGAUCACCAGCUGCCUUGUUUAGCCCUGCUUAUAUUAUAGAUGGCUCAGGCUUCCAAGAAUAAAGUUCUGCAUCUGGAUAGAAGUUGCAUGUAACAAAUCUUUCUUAUCUAUUUUAAAAAUGUUCAGAAUGAUGGUUUAUUUUCAUAAGUUUUAGUCCUGUUGAUCUGAACUACAUAUUGAUCAUGACAUUGAAAAUUUGAGUAGUCAGGCUUAACUGAAUAUCUUGGUUGUAAAACAACAGGAGAAAUUUCUACAAAGUGGGGCAAUGACUUAUUGGGUAAGUUCAUACUCUAGGAUGUUUCUACAUUCAUUUCCACAAUACUGAUUGAGUUCCAGCUGAAGGGUAGGAAACUUCCAAAGAGGUUUGAAUCAGCAAGGAUUGUCAUAAAUCAUGUACUUUUUCAGGUUAGUAUAUCAUAACUUAAUAUAUUAAAUAAGACUUUUGCUUCUGGUAGUACAUUAGGUAUUGCAAAACAACUGGAUCCUGAAUAAAAUUUACUUUUAUAGUAGAAUGAAAUGUACUUUUAAAUGCAUUAAUAGACUCAAAGAAAGUAAGGGAAAUCUCUAGGAACCAUACCUCUAUUUUUUCUCCCCAACAAAAUGAGUACAUUUUGAUCUGGGAACUGUGUAAACUAUUUUAAGCAUACAGGUGGACAUUGGUUGCCUAGAUGACAAAUACCAAUUACAGCACUUCCAUGUGCCGUUCUCCACAGACCAGAAAUGACAUAAAUCUAAAUCUGAGAUGCUACCCCAGCCAAGACAGUUGAACUGGAUCUCAGUUUAUAAUACCCUACAGUUCCUGGCAGAAGCAAAAUAUAAGCCCAAGAUUCCUAUAGAUUAAGAUAAAGCAAUAUUAUUUCAUGACUAGAAAUCACCAGAUACAAGUUGAAACCAGCUAGCAUGAGAAAGAACCUAUAGAAAUAAACUUAGGAUUCAGUUCUCCAAGAUCUCACCUUCAGUAUACCUAAAGGAUGGAACCAUAGGCAGAUCUGAAAAAGAAACAAAUGGAACUGCUAGAUGAGAAAUAUGUUACUUUCAAUUAAAAAAAAAUCAGAUAUGUUGAAAAUCAUUUUAGAUUCAGCUGAAGAGACAAUACAUAAUCUGGAUGCUAGAUCUAAAGAAAUUAUCCAGUGUGCGGCAAGAAGAAACAAGGUGCUAGAAAUAUAAAUAUAAAAAGAGAAGUUAACAGAUAUGGAAGGAAGAAUUACAGAGACUACAGGUACUAGCAGGAGAGAACAGAGAGGAUGGAGGUGUGGCAGUGUUUGAGGAGAUAAUAAAAACUGUUGGAUAAACAUGAAUUCAUAAAUUCAGGAAGCACAAUAUAUCCCAAGUAUAUAUAAGUAAAAUCCAAGCCUAAACCCAAAGCAGUUUAACUGCGAGAUACCAAACAGGAUUGUUGAAGCAAUCAAAGGGAGGAAAAGAUCAUCAGCGAAGGCAAGACAGAUACUUCAGAUGGUUUCUCAGUAGCAACAAUGUACCCAAAAGAUGGUGGAAUAAUGCCUUCCAAAUUCUGAGAAAAACAAAUUAUCAACUUGGAAUUUGUACCAAGCAAAACUGAAAUAAAGACAUGUUCACACGAAAAACAGAUUUUACCAUCAGUGGAGCUUCAUUAAAGAAAUUGCAGGAGGAGGAUCUUCAAGAAGGAGAGUGAUUCCAAAAGGAUGGUCUGAAAUUGAAGAACUAGUGAGCAAAUAAAUGAAAAACAUAUGUAAAUCAAAAGUGUUAUUAUUAUGUAAGACAAUCAUAAUGAAAGAAGUGUUUAUAAGAAGUAAGAUUGUAACAAAGUAAAACUAAAUAAACAUUUUAUACAGCA